AUGCUGCAGGAGAUGAGUGUACGCGCGGAACGUCGCUCGCAGGCAGUGCAGGAGGUGCUGAGUGCGCGCUGUGUGUUGCAGGCGCGCCGGCGGGCGGGCGCGAGGACGAGCUGCGGCGCAGCGGCGGGGCGGCGCGGCCGGGCCGCCGCGACGAGCGCCCGCCCACACGCUCUCGGGACACCACACCACCGCCCCUGGCUCCCUUGGCGGCGCAGCAUGGACCUCGAGUCGCCGCUGCCGCGCGGCUACCCGCCGCCCUCCACGGCCAUGCUGUUCGACGACGACCCGGGCAUCAUGUCGGAGGUGGAGACGAGCUCGACGGGCUUCCGCCGCGGAGGCAAGCAACGCAGCUCGCUGCCCGUCGUGCGCACGCCCUCCAAAACCCUGGAGAGGCCGCUCGGAUUGGUAUUUUUGCAAUAUCGUAGUGAAACUAAACGGGCUCUACUUCCGAAUGAGAUAACAUCUAUUGACACUGUCAAGGCCCUUUUCGUGCGGUCCUUUCCUAAACAACUGACAAUGGAGUACUUGGAUUCUCCUCAUGUUAAGAUAUAUAUCCAUGAUUCUUCAAAAGACAUGUUCUAUGAGCUAGAGGAUGUUCGGUCUCAUUUGCGUGAUAUUCGGGACCGUUCUGUGUUGCGCCUCUUCGAAUCAGCUGACAUGAAUGGUGGGGUUCUCCCUGGUGCUGGCGUGGGUGUGAUGGCUCCAUCAAUGUGGGACCAGGACCAGUCGUACUUCAGUGAGCCAGAGUUUGAUUCAGAAUACCAACACCAGCAUAUACACAAGUCAAAGACCAGCAGCAAGGGAGGUGGUGGAAGCAUGGGUCAGCAACCAUACUACAUGACACACUCCUAUCCCCCUGGAGGGGCUUCGCAAGGGAGCGCCCCAGCCACCCUGCCUCGAGGAGGGCCACUCUUGCGUGCAUACUCUCCAGCUGUUGUUCCUCCAGUACCUGCUGACAGAAUUAAAACUCUUCCUCAGUCAGGUGUUCAACCCCCCCCUAAACCUGUGAGAAUGUACCAACAGGUGAAGGGGCCCUUAAACUUGGGCCCCCAUGUCCCAGAAAGGACUUACGCUUCUUUUUCUUCUCCCUCCCAUGGGCGAGCUACCAAUAUCUACUCAUCACCAGAUCGUUUGCAUUCAGAAAGCGGAUACAUGUCUUCCCCUGAGAGAGGUGGGCCUCGAGCAUAUCCAGCUCCAUACACAUCUGGUGCUCCGGGAUAUGAGGAUCCAUACUAUAGCCAAUAUGCCUCACGCUCUGGAUCAAUCACACCAGUCAUUGAUGAGGAAGCCAGGUUGCGUGUGGAAAACAUGGAACGUCAACUAGCUAAUCUGACUGGACUUGUGCAAAAAGCAUUAACACAAACUCCUACACCCAGGGAGUACCUUCAAGUCCCACCUGCCUCAAGGGAUGCUAAUUAUCGCAAUGACAAGUCAGUAUCAUUUGAGAAAUCAGUGUCAUUUUCUGAUGAGCCUCCUGAUAUGAAUUCUCCAAAACAACAUUCUCCUCAACAUACGGAACAAUGUUAUUACUGGGAGGUGAAGAAGCUUGGGCAGCUGGAGGUGAUGCUGAAAAAUUACGUCUGAGUCGAGAAGAAGAUGCCUACAAACAAGAAAUGUUACGUCUUGAGAAAGAUUUGACGGAGCUAGAAAGUACUGUUGAAGAACUGCGAGGAAAUGUUAUAAAUCGAAAAACUCGUGUUAACAUGUCAGAUGUGGAAAACAUGGCUUUGAUUCUUAGUAAAUCAAGUAAAACUGUUGCUGACUUGAAGGUUCGAUUCCCCAGUUUACAAGAAGGAAUGAAAAGUCUUUUGUCAUCAGAAAUGGAGAAAGUGGUUCGUGAAGAGAAGUUCUUGAAGGAGGAGCCUGAGAGAUUGGAAAGUGCAUUGCGGCGCUGUAAGAAGUUAACUGGAACUUUAGUGACGCUGAAAAGAUUGGCAUCAGUACAGGAACAGCGUCUCCCUACUUCCACACCUGACUCGCGUUUGUCUCCCACCCUGGGAACAGACUCGGAUCCUCCUAUCACUCCACCUGCUCAUGGGAAGGCAGGGAAGUUGGCCAAGCACUACACCAGAGGAUCAAAAGUGAAGUAAGCACCCUGUCAGUGAGGCCAUGGUUUAUGGAUGUCAAAAAAUGUAAAAAUCGAGAAGGUCUGUUUCAUAUUAAUUUUUAGAGUACUAAGAAGCAAGUAGUCUUUAAAAUUUAAUUGUUAAGUUCUUUAUACCAUUUUCUGAAAAUAAGCUGCUUGGAAAAAACAUUUUUCUUGGUAUGUUACCACAUUUUCCAAAAUAAUGAUCUCUAUCUACCCAAGACAUUUCUUCUAUGAUCUAUGUAAAGUAACUAAUAAUUGUCAGAAAUAUAAAAGAAUACAUUUUGAAGGUUGUAGAGAUAAGUAACUCCUAGUGUGUAGUUAUGUAUCUUUGGCAACUACAUGCCUAUAGAAAUAUUUAUUAAUGUUAUUUGUGUUGCAAAUUGAACUUUUUAUAUAUUUUUUGCAUGUUUGUUCUACCAUUAAUGUUGGAAAUUAAUAUUUAAUGCAUUUGAACUAGAAUUUUCAAAUGGGUUCAAAUAUUAAAGAAUUCUUCAAGGGAUGAUUAAACAACAAAGAAAUGAAAACCAUGAAUGAAGCCAAUUUUUUUAUGCUUCUUGAGAAAACAGAUAAAAAUUGUUAAAUACAUCAUAAAAUAAAAAUGCAUUGUUUAGAAAUAAAUUAUUUAAAAUGAAGAAUAAACAUAUGUAAUAAUUUAUUACCAAUUUGAACUAAUGUACUGUAUUCAACAUAAACCCCAUUACAAAUUAUCUUUUCCUACCAGAGUGUAAUUGUAAUUAUUACCGUUGUUUUUUCCAUAAACUUAUGUAUGUUGUAUCAGAUAACAGAAUUUAUUUUGAAUUACUGAAUUAUAUGUAAUUGCAAAACAGUUAUAAAUCAAAUUUUUGAAUUCUCAUAACAUUAAUGAAUUUCAAAAACUUUAAUUGAAAACUGUUAUAUUAAUAGUGCUUUUUUAUUCUUUCCAAAGUAAGUGGUGUGUCUUUUCUUUUUACAUGAGUAUUAUUUUCUUCACUUCUGGUUCUUUUGUUAUGAAGGAACGAUAAUGGAUGUCAUAAACUUGAAGUUAUUUAUUUUGUUUUGUAUUUUCCAAUUUUUAAAAGGGUACAAAGAAAUAAAUUAACCAACUUAAUUGGUAUUUCUGUUUCAACAAUUCAGCAUUGUUGUAACUCUUUUAGAAUUCUUUAAUUUAAUUUUCAAAGUUUCAAUAUAUACAUAUAUUAGUCUAGUAAAAUGAUUUGUAUGUAUCUCUUGGAAACAACGUGAUUGGUUUUGAUUCCUUUUUGUAUCUUCCUGUUCUACCAGACCGGUACCGUUUCAACGCGCGGUGUCAUGGCGUCCGCAGUCAGCAGCGGAAGCGACGUCUCCCUCUCUCGGCAGCGUCCGGAGAACGCACUCGACGCUCUGCUAGAUGAGCUGCAAACAUUUGCCAAACCACCUACAAAUACCUCUCAUAAUCCAAGCAUGUCUGAGAUUGGUCGCAAGGGAAGUAUUGAUUCUGCUCAUCCUUCAUCAGGUUCACCCUCCAUGAUUCCAGGUGCAUCUUCCUCUCUUCGCCGACUACAUUCAUAUCCCAGUAGUUCAGAUGGUGGUGGAAAUUCACCCCCUACCGUACCUCUAUCUCGGUUGCAAGUUAGUGGUCCAACAGAUCCACCACCAAAGUCACCUGCAACUUCACCUAAACCUCCUGUUCCAGAACGGAAUUCAGAACUCCUUUCACAAUUAGUUGGCCGCCGAGUUCCUCCCCCUCCGCCACCCCGCACAAGCUCCAGAUCCCCUCUUGCUUCACCAACUAGCCCUCUUCUCCCUCCAAAAGGCCAACACCCUCCAAACCAACCUCAGAUGGGGGUUGGAGGUGGCACUCUUUUGAGGAGAGGAGGCUCAGGGAGAAGCAGCUUAAGGGAGCCUCUGCGAGGCUCUCACAGCAUUUCACUGCCUGCAGACACAAAACCAUCUGGCGGUGAGGACAACCUCUCCACUCCAGGGACCUUCAACCCACUUUCUGCAAGUAACAGCUCCAGUUGUGAGAGUGUAAACUCACAAGAAGGCCUACAGAAUAAAAGUGGAAACAAAGCACGUCAGGAAAUUCUUGAACAGAGGCAUCAAGAGUUAUUGAGGAAACAACGAGCCCUUCAGGAGCAGUAUGCUCGGCUGCAGCAGCUGCAGCGUGGGGGUGGGGGAAGCUUGACUGUGGUUCCUCCCCCUGACCUCCUCCUGAAGAAAACUGGCAGUGAAAGCAAUUUACUGGCCAAAAUGGGGCUAGGGCAUGGACUUACUGCCGCAGCUCCUAUUUCUGGCUCGUUGAGGAACCUUGCAGCAGUUGCUGCUUCAAAUCCACCCAUUAUGUCUGUAUCUGGUCCUUCUGCUGGUCUUCAACAGAAAACAGAAACCAAUAACCCAGCAGUGGCUAGCACCAUUGCUUCAUCUACAGAAACAACAGUUACAACAUCAAAUACAAGUUCUGCAACCACCACUACAACAAACAAGAUUUAUGAAACAGAUAUUCUGUGACUAAACAUAAGCUUAAACAUAGUUGCACUAAUAAUAGUAAUACGGGGCAAAUAAUUAAGCAGCAUUUUAUCUUCUUUUAAGGAUAUAUGUUCUCUGUUUUUUGUUUUUAUCAAAGUAAUAAUCAGAGCCUGUUGAAAAUAAUUGAAUGCUUGAAAAGUCAAAAAAUGAAAAAAAGCUCAUGUAAGGUAGUCUUAGAAUGAUUGAAGAAGUUGGUGAUCAAAGUUUUCAAAAUUAUCUUUUAAUAAUAUAUGUAUUGAAAAGACUAGAUAAUUAAAAGAGUCAGCAUUCAUUAAGGAUAGAGUUGAUGUUAAUGGUGCAUGGAAAUACAUGACCAAUAUCUUCUUAUAUACUUAAUUUGAUAAUUUGCCUCGAUUAAUAAGCUCAUAGGAAUCCCUGGCUCUAGUGAUUAUUAAGACUGGGAAAUGCUUGUCCCAUAUGAGUGGUGUCAGUUAAUGAGUUCAUCUCUCAGUACACUUCAUAAAUAUGUUGGUAUUGAAUUCUAUACUGCAAAUGUAAGUUUGAAAAGCAAUGAAAAAUGAUAUUUCUCCCUAAAAGUGAUUGCGUUAAAUUGUUACUAUAUGUUCAGAAUAUAUUGGAAUGAUAUUUGGAAUACACUUAUUGUAUCUUUCACCUUACCACUUGAGUUGAAUUUAAUUUAAUUAACCUAUUUUAGAGAUUUCAAAUGUACUCCAUUGGUUAAUGAAUCACCAUAAAUCUUUUUGAAUAUACUUUUUGUUGUUUCUAAUGAGUAUGUCCCUAUGCCAGAAAAGGUAGCUACAAAAUAUUCCGCUGCAUUUUCUUCACCAAAAGUGCAAAGUGCCCCAUAGUGUAAGUGAUUCUGCAGUGAAGAAAACUGACUCAUAGGGAGCUCAGUCAGUCUUCGUUCCAUUUACCAUUAAAGUAUGAGGUCCAUGUGUGAUAUUUUCACCCUAUUAAGCAGCUGUUUAUUUCAAGAAUGAAUGUUUUUAAAAAAAAUAUAGAAGAGAGUUUUUAAUAUUCUGUAAACAUAUUGUUUAAAUGCACAAAUAAACAUUACCACCUAUAACCCAUUCAAUUGUGCCAACAAUAGUGAUGGUUGUUUUUCACAUUUUGUGAACGUUUUUGACAUGAAAAAGUGCAUACAGUUAAGUCAUACCAAAGAUAUGGAACUAAUUGCACUAAUAGUAUUAAAAUGAGGCUGCACUGUGUAAAAUUUAAGGUAAUUCAUGGUGGAAUGUACCAGAGGUGUUUUUUUGUCUCCCACCUGCCAUGAAGCUCUUAUGAAUUUGUAUGAGAUUUCAUAUCGAUUGCCAGAGCUCUAGUGUCUGAAUCACUGGAUAUGUUCAUAUGAAUACACCAAAGUAGUUGAAGUUAAUUGUUUUUAAUCAUGUUUACUAGUUACUUUUUUUCUUUGUAUUUUGAAAAUAAGAAGUGGACACAAGACUUUUAACAAUCAAUUCAUGAAUGAACAUGCAACACGUAAGUAGUGGAGAAAAUAUAUUUGCUCAAAUCAAGCCAUUACAACAAAGUUCAUGUUAAUUGUUAUAGAAAAUGAAUGAAAACUACACAUUUGAUGAUUUCUAAAUGUAGGACACUCAUCCACAUUUCAAUACAUCUAUUUCAGUUUCUGUGUGUAUGCUUGAAUGAUUCAUACAUUUGUAUAGUGACAGUUUGAGAACUUUGGAAACAUGAUAAUCAAUACAGCUAUUUGUAUCUCAUAUGUACUAUAUGAGGUUUUGAAUGAAAAAAAGUGAACUGUCAUCUAUAUUCUUAUCAGUGUGUGACGAGUAAUUUUGCAUAAUUAUCAAUGAAACAGUAUUCAUGCUUCCAGGUUCCUCGGACAGUAUGUUUCCUAAAACAAAUUGAUUCCUAUUUCCCAUUUUAAAACAGGUCAUACAGCUUAAAAUUUAAAUUGGAAUCAUUCAGUUGUUAUCAUAAAUAAAGGUGAAAAUGGUACAAUUAGAAUUUUAGAUGUUUUUGAACAAUUUUGUGCGCAUGGCUAUGAAAACUAAUUAGAUGUUUAAGUUGUGCACAUUUUAAUAUUUUAGUGAAGCUUUUUAUUUAUAGGACCCAAUGGUACCCCGUGUUCAAUGGCUUCUCUAAUAUGAAUCAAUUACUAUAACUGAGUACUUCAUGUUGUAUGAAUUUAAAUCUUUUUCUAUCACCUAUUACUUCAAGCAUCCAAAUCCUGUAUAUAUUCUGAGUUUUCAUUCAGUUUCAUUUUAGAAACUGAAAAUCCUACCUCUUAAAAUUUUUCUCUUAGUCAUGUGAAAUAACGCAUUUUAAUAACAUUGUGGGAUAUUUCAACUUGCUUGUUGGAAAGUUGUUCUUUAUAUUUUCAUACUGUGUUCAGCAAUUCCUUUAUCUAAAUUGCUUCUUUUUGUAAAAUUCAUCUUUUUUUUACUCCAACAGUAGGGACAUUUAUUACUUAAUGCAUUGUUAUCUCUAGUUAACUGUAAAUGUUUGUAAUUAAUCUAGUAAAAUGAAGAAAUUGAUGCAUUCACAUUAAUAUUGUGUCAAAGUUUUAGUACUUAUUGGACUCUUUUUAAAGGAAAAAUGAAAAAUUAUCUGUACAUAUAUUAUAAUGUGUUUGGGUUGACUGGACUACUUUUCUUAAGUAAAUGUGGAGGCAGAUGUUUAAGUAGUGACAAUGGUAAAUUUAGCAGAAAAAAAAUACUUUGUAGGUUUAAGACCUUAAUUCGACUUUGUCUUCUUCUGUACCUGUUCUAAGAAAGAAAGUAGAAAACUAUAUAUGUCAUGAAUGAUAUUACAUUAUGUAAAUCAUAAAUUAAAUGAUAGGUUCUAAUUUUUUUUAGCAAAAAUUAUCACACAGGGAAAAAGGUCUGUGAACCUUCCUGAUUUCUCUGUAAUUUUAUGUUUUAGUAUCAUUGAAGAAUUAUUAAAUGACAGGUUGAAUUAAUUAAUUUCAAUUUCUCUUUUGACAUUAACCACAAUGGCUUCAAAUAAAUAUAUGCUACUUUUUGCAGGUCUUCUUUAUAAUAAGUAUGUAAAGGACUUUUUAGAUGAAGAAAAGACACAAAAACAUCCAAAAACGUUGGCACCAUCACAGAUAAACGUGUAAUGCUAUGAGAAAAAUACUAUGAAAUAUUAUGUCUCCUCAUAUUUACAAGUAAAGCAGUUCAGCUGGCCCAAACAAAAUUAUAAAAACUGGUGAUAAUUUUUUAGCAAACCUCGUGUGACUUUUCCCACCUUUUCCUCAAUCAAGAUCAACAAUGUUACAAAAUAGGGAUGUUUGAGGUUUUCAUUUUCUACAAAAUGUCAGUUAGAAUUAAACAUGAAUAAUAAUUACAAAAAAUUGAAUUAUAUUUUGUGAAUUUAUUUAUCUUGUGACAAUAUAAAUUAGAAUUGUCUUAUGAAAUGCCCUAACUUGGCUGUCUUUGAAAGAACUACACUUGGAAAGUAAAGGAAACAAAAAUUCUUCUCUCAUCUAUAGAAGUUCCGCUUUAAUUUCUUUAUAAAUCAGCCAAAAGUCUUACAUGUUAGGUUUUUGUGAACUAAGAUUGCUAAACAAUGCGACACAUUCAAGAAGAAUCUUCCGAACAUGAGCCUGAAUAGAGCUUAGUGCAUAUGAACAAUAGUUAUCUUUGAGGGAAAACCAAUAAUGUGAUGACAAUUAAUUGACUUAUAAAUGUCCAUUUCUUAAUCGUGCUGAUUUUAAAAAUCAAGUACGGUUUCCAUGUUCACCUAUUAAUUAGUUGAAAAUUUACAGUUUUAAAACAAUUCAUAGGUUUGAAAAAGCAUAUUCCCCACAGAAAUUUCUUAAACUUUGUCCCAAUGCGUUGAAGAGAACAUCUUGAGUUUAGGAACAAUCAAUAGCAAUUUGCUAAUUACAUCUUAUACUUUAUUUUAAGCUCAAUUUUUUCCACUUUACACAUUGAUCAUACCCUUUUCUUUGUAUUUUUUGAAAUUUUACUAGAGCCUCUCCGUAACAGAUUUUGAAUUAAAUAUUUGAUAUCGUAUGAUACUUUUUAUCAAUGAAAGAAUCAUUGUUAUCAACAAAGAAAAUGAUUAUUUUUUAUUACCUUAUUCACGAUUAUUAUGAUUUGAACCAUUUUUAGACGUAUUAAUUUAUUCUCUUUAUCACAAGUUUUGAUUUUGAUUUUUUGAUCUGUUUCUUCAUGUGCCUUGUUUUCUCCAUAUUUUCAAGACAUCUUGUUUAGAUUUCGGUGUGUAACUAUUGAAUUCAUUACAAAAAUAAAUAAAUGCCAACUGGUUGUAGAUAACAUAUUUUACACUUAUUAUUAAAUGAAACAAAAUAUUUUAUAAAAACAAAAAAAAUUGAUGAAGAGAGUAAUGUGUAUUGAAUUCAUUUAUCCUUAAAGCAGUCUGUUUUAUUUAUGACUAACUGAAGUACCCUACAUUGCUUGGAUUUUUUGUUUUUAUUUAUCCCAAUCUUGCAUUAGACAGAAAAAAAUGAAAUUUAUGUAUAAUUUAUUCCCACCUAUGUGCCCUGCCCCCUCUGUUUUUCAUCCUGCCUGAUCUCACGAAACGAAGCCUAAUCCCACCUGUCCAGCUCCACUGUGCCCUGCCCUGCCCCCUGUUUGUUCUGAUCAUCGUUGCUAUUGACCUCUAAAUUACUCAGAAUCUAAUUGCGGUAUUGAAAUGAAUCUAAAUUUAGUUGAAAAUGUUUUGGGCUUUCAGAUAAAUUUAAUUUAUUUUAGUGGAUUAACUCACUAUUUUUUAGAUGUAUGGGAAAAACUGUAAGGCUGCUCACUAAAAUUUUGUUUAAGAGGUAGGAAAGGGAGAUGGAAUAAAAUCUCAAGAAGAAAAUUUUUUCCUCCUUUUUUGACAGUCAUAUAUGUAUAAAAAACCAAAUUUCAUUAAAAUCAGAAUAAAACUGUGAAUUUGUGUAAAAGAAUGAAUGAAUAAAUAAAUAAACAUUAAUCUUUAUAUAUUAUAAAAUAAUAAUUUGAAUAAGAAGUUGCCUAAGUUGGCCAGAAAAAAUACUCAAUCUUGCAGCAAAAACAUUGUUCAAUUCAAAUUAGCCACUCCAGAGGUUAGCCUGUACAAACAUACACAAAUCAUAAAAACUAUUGAAUUGAUUUCUACAUCAUCUAAUUUUUCUUCUUUUUUCUUUUCUCUUUCUUAAUUCUGCUUUAUUCAUAAUUAUUUUUACAAUUUGAACUUUUGGUGAAUUUUAAUUACAUACAAAAAUAAAAUCAAUUAAUUUAUAAUUACAACUGUGAUGUUGCCCAGUGCUAACUCGACUGAAUCUAGAUGUGAGGUCAAGUGGUGAGUAUCUUGCUAGUAGUCUGGUUUCUUGACUGUUGUCUAAUAGAUUCAUCAUCUAAAUAAGCACAUAAAACUUCAAUUUUAUUUAGAUAAAUUAUAUCUAUGGCUCAGAAGAUUAUGAAAUAUGAAUUUUAAUUGUGAGCUUUAUUACAUGCUAAUUAUCGAAUGUCUACAAAACACAAUCAAACGAACAGAAAUUCAGUGAUUUUAUGUAGCAUAUUAGUGUGUAUUUUGUGCUAAUGCAUCAUAUUUUCUUUAUAUUUCUGUUAUUCAUAUUUUAUUGCUUUUUUGUUCUUAAUGUGAUAUGUUUAUCUUGGAAUUU